AAAUAAUUUUACAAGCCGUUUUCGGCGUUUUAUUUAUCUAUAAAUGCAUUGCAAUAAACUCGUACCUCGUUGAUACUCAAUAGAUAGCUUAUCAAGUGAAUAAACAUCGCGAAACAAUACUAGGCAGUUGUUAGUACGUAUCGUUGUGUGUCAGGCGUGUCGUGAUCAAUUGUACGUGACGUGCCAUAAAUAGCUAUUAUCCAUGAGAGAAGGUGCCGUUAUUCUGAUGAGGGGAACCUGCUAAGUGGUAAACAUGACUAGAUCCAGUUAUCGGCCACUGGUACCGCGCUCGUCAAAUAAUUCCUUGGACAUACGGGAAAUUGGGACAACAUCGCCCCCUGGAGAGCCUUUAGUCCGUGCCCCAGUAGGCAAGCCCCGAUGCCCCCCUGCCAUUUCCCGCCUGCGCGUAGAAAAAGUUGAGGGCGGCUUAGCAGUCGCCGGCGUAGUCGUGGCAGCCAACUGUCAAAUCGUCCUCCCAAUAUUUGGGUUCCUGUUUAUGCUUGUAGGCUGUGUGCUCACAGCCGCAUCAUAUCGUGGUUGUGGUGAAAAUGAAGAACCAGACCAUUAUGCCGCUCGCAUCGCUUUCACUGGAAACUCUCGAGUUCUGGGUCCAGUAUGCAUCGUUGCAGGGGCUCUUAUGACCAUAGCUGGUAUUGUGCUAUGUAUGUUAAUGCGAGCGGCCCAAAAACGUCAGCGUCGGUUGGCCUUCCACUGCCCCAUUCACGGGGACUUCUACCCAUUAAGUCCACAGAAUAGUAGGAAAUAUACACGAAGCCCCACUGGUCUUUGGCGUUUCCUUCGUGGCUGGCUUGGUAUGGUGGAGGAGAGUGCAACACCUCGCUGCCCCCGUUCCGUAGAGCCCGCGUCACCAGCAAGAGCUGAUGCCCCAUGUCCCCCACCUUUACCCUUCCUUGUACCUAGCGACUCUGUUGUAGGAAUGGCAUCCAUUCUCGGAGCACCGCUAAGUCCCGAACAAACUUUCGGUUCAAUAAAAUCGUUGGCUAUCUCGAGAGAAGUUGCCAGUUUUCCAUUGUCGCGCUCACCGACACCUCCCCCAUUAAGUUGUCCACCAUUCAAGGAAGAAUCACAGCUGAGCGACAUUCCCAAUUCAGUGCCAUCGCAUUUCGAUUGCGGUACCCCGAUCUGCAACUACCGCGUCGUGGAAUGCAAACUCACAACCACAGACGAAAUACGCUCGAACGAUAAAUACCCCAGUGUCCAUAGUGAUAAACAAAAACCUGCCACAGUUCGUAUCACAAUUCCUGACGAAGGCAAAGGUUAAUACGCGAUAAUAGUGUUAACAGUGAACAGACAACAAACGAGUGCAUUCCAAUACCAUGCGGAUUGUAAAUGACUUUCAGUGUUAAUUUUAUUCGAUCAUAUGUAUUUUGGUAAAGAUUUAUUUGUAAUAUUAUGAUGAUAAGCUAUGACAACAUUUGUGCAUGACAUUAUUAUAGAGAGAUCUCUAGACGUGUUGAGAUAAAACUGGUUGGGUUUAACAUUAGCCUAAUGUUACAAAUCGAUGUUUACCAAUAAGCUUUACAUAACUGCUCAAACAAUCACAUCGGUCUUCCGCUAGCGCUCACGUACUACUCGCAGUAUUUUCAUUAAAAUCUGUUAUUAAGGGGUUUCAAUACCGUAAGAAACCCCCCGAGGUUGGUUUGUAAAUGUGACAUAGAAUUGUAUUUAUCGUAACAUGACGACCUAAUUGUUAAAAACUAACUCAGUCUAAUUGUGUUUAUUCAUAAAGAAACAGACGAAAGACUCCAAUUGGUAAAAAAUUCUUCACGUAUGCCGUCUUAAAUCAAUAAUGCUGUGUAGAUAACCAGAAAAUCCCUCCCUAGACAAAAUCUAUUUAGGCAAACGUGAUCGUCAUGGGGCUCAAUACUAAAUACCUUUUCGUCAGGCAUGUUCCACUAACGCACCAACGAAAUUGUAUGAAAAUGGUAGUUAAGUGUUAGUGGGAUACGCUUGUUGAAAAGUGAUUUUGUCUCAAGCCUAUGAAAUUGUCUUAAAGUAACCAUCGUAAAAUGCGAGAGCGUGUUACGUCUGCAGAAAUAGGUUUGUCUAAGGAUCUCGCCGUUAAGAGUGAUCAUUUGUGUUUAUGCUUUUUAAAAUUCAGAUUAUAAUUUUUUAUGCAUUUACGUUUAGAUCGACAUGAAGUGGAUGAACAACUUGUCUCCAUGUGUAUAUAAUUUAAGAUAUGAAUUUUGAUGUAUCUAGGUUUUCCUACGUUGUACAGACUUGAUUUUCGUAGGAUAAUAAUUAAAUGGCUUCAAACUCUGAUAAGUUAUAAAUAAGUACUCGUUAUAAACUGAUUAGGUUAGUUUAAAGUAUGUAACCACUCCUAAAUCUAGUCCAUAAUACACAUUAAAGUUGUAGCAAUAACAAAAACAGAGCAAAAGUCUAAGUGUUAAUUUUGGACACGUUUUUAAUGUCGUGAAGACAUUUUAAAAUACAGAUAUGCCAUAAUACAAUAAUGCUUUCUCCAAUACAUUUUUAUAUAAUAUUGUAAUACAUGUGUGCAACUCCACAGAGUAUAUCAUACAAACAUCACCUAAGGUUAGUAAUUCAAGUAUUAUGUCACGAAAUUUUUGAAGAUUCUGGACCCCCCCCCCCCCAUGUAACGCGCCGUAACGUUAUUCUGUACCAAAUAGUAAAACGUUUCGUUAUCACCCAGGUACUUAUUACUCCUUAAAGUUACCAUUUAUGUGGUGUAAAGUAUCGGAAAGUCGAAAAUAAUAUUAACAAUAACGCAUAAUUUAAUCCCCGCCCCGUAUAAUAACGUUUUAUCCCAACCCCUCUCAAAUUCGUUACGAAAUACUUGAACGCUCCCUAACAACCAGAAGAUCUUUCUUCUAUAGUAACUUAAACUUAAAUCAAUACACUUUAUCAUUAUAUAAUUUUAAAACAUGAAUAUCAAGUUAAAUAACUUGCGCGUAGAUUGUUAACUCGAUAUAUAAGAAUAGCCCAUUUACUGAAAUACAUUAUGUUUAUGUUUCAAUUUGUAGAUAUUAAAUAGUUUUCCAUUACCAUUUUCAAAGUUUUCUCCAGAAGUAUUCAAUUUGUGAGGUUGUGUUUUAUAUUCUCUAUAUUUGAAAUUGUAAUCUGUUUUAUAAUAUUUUUAUGCUAAAUAGACAUGUUUUGUUUGAUACCAAUCCCAUUAAAUUAACAUAUAUAUGUGAGUUUAGGUAAUUCACUUUGUGAGAGGUAGGAGCCAAAAGUGUUGCCAAAUUAUGAAUUCAUCACGUCCAUAAAUAAUAGAAUGCGUAAGUUAAAUAUUAUGUAAUCAUGAUCAACUUUUCUGCUCACAUAAUAAAAUGAAGGAAACAAUUAUAUAAGUCCAUGAAAUAUUAGGAAUAUUUAAUUGCUUCAACAACAAGUAGAUAGAAUAUUUUCGAUUAACUUUUGUGAUAUUUGUAUGUUAGUUAUUUUUUUAAUUGACCUAACACAUUUUAAAGUACCCUAAUUAUUAUAUUUUUUGCUCAUAAUACAGAAAUGUGGCUUAAAUAAAUAAUUACAUACACUUUAGAUGAUUAUUGUGGUAAAACAUUAAACAUAAGUCCUAUUUAAAUACUGAUUAGGUAUCUUAAUUUUUAUGUGAUGACGGCAUUUAUUGGCCAAUUGAUUUUGAAAUUAUAGGACAAGUAAUUUUUAUAAUUCGUAGUUAAGUACCAUGCCUAAGUAAUAUUUAGUAAGUGUAUUUAAUAUGAAUGAAAUGAAAAAUACAAUUUUGAAUUUAAAA